GGGCUCUGUAUCUCUUGACCUGCUGUUGUUGGUCUUCCUCUACUCUUCAUCUCCACCGAGUGCUGCCUUCCUAUCAUCUCAGUCGUCUUCUCCGUUGCGCUCGCCCCUGCGAACUCACUGCCACCUGUGGACAUUUGGGGGUGCCAGUUUCCAGUCAUUAUUCAGAGUAGGAUGCAUCGAAUCCACUGACGCGGCUAGCGGCCUGAUCGAGUGAAGCAACCUCCACCGAGACAGACCGCCGCCACCGCGUGCUGUCCCCUCCAUAUCCUGAUCUGGUGCGCAGCCGCCGCUUCGGCUUCGUUGUCCCGACAAUCAUCCGUCGAAGACGCCGCCGCCGUGCUCUGUUGUGCCGUGAAGCAUCAAGCUCCACACGUUCAUCGAUUUUGCAGGUUUACUGCUGAUUGAUCUAAAAGCAAUCAACCUCUACGCAUCAACCAAGAAAGCUGCUCAUGGCGAUGGGGGUGGUGACUGGUGCCAUGGGAAAGCUGCUCCCCAAGCUUGGUGAGCUGCUCAUGGAGGAGUACAACCUGCACAAGCGCGUCAAGAAAGACAUCGAGUUCCUCCAAAAGGAGCUUGACAGCAUGCAUGCUGCCCUCAUCAAGGUUGGUCAUGUGCCACGGGAACAGCUCGACACACAGGUCAAGCUCUGGGCCGACGAGGUCAGAGACCUCUCCUUCGACAUGGAGGAUGUCGUCGACAAGUUCCUCGUCCGAGUCGAUGGAAUUGAGCCCCAUGACAACACGAACAGAUUCAAGGGGCUCAUGAAGAAGAUGAUCGGCUUGUUCAAGAAAGGCAAGAAUCACCAUCGGAUAGCUAACGCGAUCAAGGACAUCAAGGAGAAACUCCAGGAGGUAGCCGCUAGGCGUGAUAGGAACAAGAUCGAUGGUGUUGCUCCUAAUCCUACGGAAUCAGUUGCUAUCGAUCCUCGUCUCCGUGCAUUGUACACAGAAGCGGCGGAGCUCGUUGGCAUCUAUGGGAAGAGGGAUCAUGACCUCAUGAGUUUGCUGUCCUUGGAGACCGACGACGAUGCCUCUAACAAGAGACUGAAGAAGGUCUCCAUUGUUGGAUUUGGAGGGUUGGGCAAGACUACUCUUGCUAAAGCAGUAUACGAGAAGAUUAAAGGUGAUUUUGAUUGCCGGGUAUUUAGGGAUAUCCUCAUUGAACUCGGCAACUCUCAUUCAGAUCUUAUGAUACUUGAUGUGAAGCAGCUUAUUGACAAGCUUCGUGAUUACCUCGAGAACAAGAGGUACCUCGUCAUAAUUGAUGAUAUAUGGGAUGAAAGCUUCUGGAAAGACAUCAACAUUGCUUUCUCUAACAGGAACAAUCUAGGUAGUCGCCUAAUCACCACAACCCGCAUUCUCAAUGUCUCUGAAUCAUGUUCCUCGUCGGCCGAUGAUUCAAUAUAUCGAAUGGAACCACUUUCUACCGAUGACUCCAGAAGGCUCUUCUACAAAAGAAUAUUUCCCAGCGAGGGUGGAUGUCCAAAUGAAUUUGAACAAGUGUCUACAGAUAUUCUUAAGAAAUGUGGUGGAGUACCACUAGCCAUAAUUACUAUAGCUAGUGCUUUGGCUGGUGGCCAGAAGGUGAAAUCAAAGUACGAUUGGGAUAUACUGCUCCAGUCCCUUGGCUCUGGACUAACAGAAAAUAGCAGUUUAGAUGAGAUGCAGAGGAUAUUAUCUUUUAGCUAUUAUGAUCUACCGUCUCAUCUGAGAACUUGUCUACUAUACCUAUGUAUAUAUCCAGAAGAUAGCAUGAUUGAUAGAGAUAGACUGAUAUGGAAGUGGGUGGCCGAAGGAUUUGUCCACCAUGGAGAUCAACAUAGCAGCCUGUUUUUGCUCGGAUUAAAUUACUUCAACCAGCUCAUUAAUAGAAGUAUGAUCCAGCCAAUAUAUGAUGAUCUAGGCCAGUUACAUGCUUGCCGGGUACAUGAUAUGGUUCUUGAUCUUAUCUGCAACUUGUCACAUGAAGCAAAGUUUGUUAAUGAAUGGGAUGGUACCGGGGAUAGCAUGUCUUUUCAAGGCAAUGCUUGCCGUUUGUCUCUUCAAGAUAGAAAUAAAGAUCAGCAAGGCACACCUUUCAGAAAUUCCACGGGUAUAUCACGCGUGAGGUCCAUUACUGUCUUUACAUCUGCUAUUAAUAUCAUGCCAGCCCUGUCAAGGUUUGAAGUUCUGCGUGUACUUGAUUUGUCAGACUGUAAUCUUGGAAAAAGUAGCAGCCUGCAACAUAACCUCAAGGGUGUUGGACACCUAAUUCACCUGAGGUACCUUGGUCUAGCAGGUACUGGAAUCAGGGAACUCUCGGCUGAGAUAGGGAACCUGCAGUUUUUGGAGGUGUUGGAUAUUGGAACAAAUUAUGAGCUAAAAGAAUUGUCGUCCACUGUUUUUAAAUUGAGAAGAUUAAUCUACCUAAAUGUUUUUCUGUAUAUGUUGGCUCCAACUCCUGGUAUGUUGCAGAAUCUGACAUCCAUUGAAGUGUUGAGGGGGAUCGUGAUCUCUCUGAACAUUAUUGCACAAGAGCUUGGCAAGCUGGCAACGCUGAGGGAGCUUGGGAUUUGCUUCAAGGAUGGUAGUUUGGAUUUGUAUGAAGGUUUUGUGAAGUCUCUGUGCAACCUGCAUCAGAUCGGAAGUCUAAUUAUUUAUUGCAAUCCUGGAGAAACAUCUUUUGAAUUGAUGGAUUUCUUGGGAGAACACUGGGUGCCUCCUGUACAUCUCCGUAAAUUUGAGUCUUCAAUGCCCAGCCAAGUGUCUGCAAUGCGAGGGUGGAUAAAGUCGCAUCUCUCGAACCUCUCCGAGUUAAUCCUCUUGUCAGUGAAGGAAGUGCAGCAGGAGGACGUGGAAAUCAUUGGGGGGUUGCUGUCCCUUUGCCAUCUCAAGAUAAAGAGCACCCACCAAACACAACGGCUGCUAGUCAUCCGUGCAGAUGGGUUCCGCUGUAUGGUAGACUUUGACUUGGAUUACGGGUCAGCAUCGCAGAUAAGGAUUGAACCAGGAGCUUUGCCGAGGGCGGACGCAGUUGAGUUCAGUCUCGGAGUGCGGGUGGCGAAAGAGGAUGGUAAUUGUGGUUUCGACUUGGGCCUGCAGGGGAACCUGCUCUCCCUUCGGCGGUAUGUCUGUGUUCCUAUCUAUUGUGGUGGAGCGAGGGUUGGGGAGGCCAAGGAAGCGGAGGCUGUGGUGAGGCACGCGCUCGAAGCCCAUCCUAACCAUCCCAGGAUUUAUAUUACUAUGUACCCGGAUAUAGCAGAAGGUGCUCAUGAUGACGAUCUGUGCAAAGACUGGUGAUGAACUGAUUUCUGACGCAAAGCAACUAACAUUAUAUCAGAUGUGCUCUCGGUAGCAGUAGCAGGGGCGCGCAGGUUACUGCUGGUGGCAUCCGAGAUGUUUCGCAACCGUCGGGUGGGCGCCGGUUUAUGCAAAGAAUUGAGGUGUUAAUUGUGUGAUGAGCUUCUUUUAAAUGGCAUUCGCUUUCAGAAAGAGAAUGUUAGGUUUUUGUAAUAGACUAAGUAAAGGUGUUGGAGUGAGUUGAUCUCUUACAAGGAUAAUUUGUUUUAAAUGACAGUCGUUACUUUCAUUUGCAUGUUGUUACAUGGGAGGGCCAGCCCAUGUCAUGCUGGUGUUUUCUUCCCACUGAACCAGAGAAAUCUGAGGGUGUAUUAUUAUAUUUGUAAUGACUGAAAUUUGGGGCUCACCUGAGCUCCUUGAUUCAGAAAAAAGCUGCGCUUCAUUGCGAGAUUUGCUA